AUGGCCUAUGACCGCUACAUCGCCAUCUGCAAACCUCUGCACUAUGGGACACCCCACAUUGUGGGGAUCAAAGUUCUCCUGAUCCUUCCCGUGCUGGUGUUUGAAGGGGCUGAAGAGGUGAGGCUGGCAGAUGGUGGCAAGCGCUGUGCUGGGAGAGUGGAGGUGAAACGCCGAGGCCAGUGGAUGACUGUGUGUGGUGCCUCCUGGGACCUGUCCGAUGCUGCAGUGGUUUGUAGGCAGCUGGGCUGUGGGAUUGCUCUCGAAGCCCACCAGAAAGCAUACUUUGGGAAAGGAUCUGGUUUGAUUUGGGUGAAUACUAUUGGGUGUAAAGGCAUGGAGUCUGCCCUAUCUAACUGCAAGACUUUUAAACGGAAGUUAUCUUACUGCGGUCACAAGCGGGAUGCUGGAGUGACAUGCUCAGGAUUUGUGCGGCUGGUCGGAGGGGACAGCCCCUGCUCAGGAAGUGUGGAGGUCUACGACAGGGACCAGUGGAAAGCUGUCUGUCACUCCCACUUUGGUGCCAAAGCUGCCGAGGUGGUGUGCAGGGAGCUGCAGUGUGGCACAGCCCUGUCUGUCCAUGGGGCAGCUCAGCUGGGAGAAGGGGCCGGUCCUGUCUGGGACAGAGAGCUGCAGUGUGUGGGGAAUGAAUCCACCAUCCUCUUCUGCCCCUGGGGGGCCCCCAAGGACAAGGCCUGCACCCACAGCAAUGGCACUCAUGUCACCUGCACACGGUUCAGGCUGGUGAACGGCAGCACAGCGUGUGAGGGCAGGGUGGAGGUGGAGGUGCUGGGGACGUGGGGGACCCUCUGUGCCUCCCGCUGGGACCUCUCGGACGCCCACGUUCUCUGUCGGCACCUCGGCUGUGGCUUUGCCGAGUCCAUUCCUGGAGGAGGGCAUUUUGGGAGAGGAACUGGCCCCGUCUGGAGAGACUCGUUCCACUGUGACGGGACUGAAGCCCACCUGGGGCAGUGCCCAGUGACUGCCCUGGGGGCCUCGCCGUGCUCCCAGGAGAACGCUGCUGCUGUCAUUUGCUCAGGCCCGGCUCGCCACAUGUCCGUACGGUUGGUGGGCGGAGGGAGCCGGUGCGACGGGCGCGUGGAGGUCUUCCAGCACGGGACGUGGGGCAGAGUCCUGGAUGAGCAGUGGGACAUGCAGGAGGCCAGCGUGGUGUGCCGGCAGCUGCAGUGCGGAGAGGCAGAGGCAGCCUACACCCCCGUGAGGGCCGAGCGAGGACCAGGACCUGUGGGGCUGCGUGGGGUGCGGUGUGCAGGGCACGAGGCUGACCUGAGCCUCUGCAACACCUCCCUGCCUCAGAGCAUGCCAACAGAAGGGAUCAUGGAGGACGUGGGUGCCGUGUGCCAGGGGAGCCGGCAGGUCCGGCUGGCAGACGGGGCCGGGCGCUGUGCCGGGAGAGUGGAGAUCUACUACCAGGGGCGCUGGGGAACCGUCUGCGAUGACACCUGGGACGUGGCCGAUGCCGCCAUCGUUUGCCGCCAGCUGGGCUGCGGAGGGGCCCUGGAGGCAGCCGGCUCUGCUCGGUUUGGGGAGGGCUCCGGGCAGAUCUGGCUGGAUGGCGUCAACUGCUCCGGGGCUGAAGCUGCUCUCUGGGACUGCCCUGCCAAGGCCUGGGGGCAGCACGACUGCGGGCACAAGGAGGACGCAGGAGUCGUCUGUUCAGAGUUCAUGGCCCUGAGGCUGGAGAACAGCGACGGCUGCUCCGGGCGCCUGCAGGUUUUCUACAACGGGACGUGGGGCAGCGUUUGCUCCAACUCCAUGACCACCGAGACGGUGUCACUGGUGUGCAAGGAGCUGGGCUGUGGGAAUGAAGGGGAACUGGAAACAGAUUCUAACUAUGCCAAGCUGUCUGGCAUCGCGUGGCUGGAUCACGUGGAGUGUGGGAAGAGCAACAGCUCCUUCUGGCAGUGUCCCUCUGCUCCCUGGUAUUCACAGUCAUGUGAUGACCUCCGAGAAGAGGCCCACAUCACCUGCAAAGGUAAAACUGAGCCAUCAAGGCACCAGGUCCACUUCCUCACUGGGUAUGGUGAAAUGUAG